AUGCACACUGGUAUCUGAGACACAUUUUAGCUUGAUAUAAACUCUGGCGUUCAAAGCUCCGGAGGAUGCCUCGGUAUGAGCUGUAUAUGGUCCUGAAGGCGAUGCAGAGGCCGGAGACCGCGGCUGUUUUGCGGCGCACGGUGGAGACUUUGUUCGAGCGCGGCGCGGUGGUCCGGAGCCUGGAGAACCUCGGUGAACGCAAACUACCGUACAAGAUCUCCAAACACGACUCUCGGCAAUCACACGGCGGAUAUUUCUCCAUUGACUUCCACGCGUCGCCGAACAUAGUCAGCGGGCUGUUGAAUCACCUUGAACGGGACGUUGACGUGCUGCGUCCGACGGUAGUAAAGAAAGACACGGAGCUCCCCAAAGGACAGUGCUGUGGAGUAGCUCGAGAAGUGAAAGCAAAGAUGGCCAGUUAAAUGGCUGUGAAGAUCGCCUCAUCUCCUGGAUUUUGUGAAGGGAUUUUUGCAGCAGGACGAGCUAGUAAACGCCAGCAUCCAUUAUACAGUUUUGGAGAAGUGGAUUUACGUCAGCUAAUCAUGUCAUGCGUGUUUUUGUUUAGAAACUGUGUAUAUAUAUGAUCUCUUGGCAGGAUUUUUUUCAUUGAGUAUUUAAUUUCAGUGUAACAAUAUUUGAUUCACAAUUUCAUGCUCUGAAUUAAUUAAUAAAAAAAUAUUUAAACCA